AUGUAUUGCCAAUUCGCUGACAUCGAGGAACGACUUCUUGAAAGGUUCAUCGGUUGUGUGCGAGACAGCAGUCUCCACUGCAAGCUGCUGGCAAAAGACGACAUCACAAUGAUGGAAGCAAUUAGCAAUGACACAAAGCUUGCUGGACACACUGGUGAGUGAUAAUGGGAUCGCUUUUACUUUGGUGAAAUUCAAAGAAUUUGUAACCAAGAAUGGAAGCCACCACAUUCGUUCCACUGCUUUUCACUGGGCCACUAACGGCCAAGCUGAACACAUGGUCCGUAAUACCAAAGAUGCGCUUAGGCGCAUAGUGUAUGGAGACUGGACUCUCUGGCUAACGUAGUUCAUAUUGGCCCAACAUAUCACCCCAAGUGCAAUGACCAGCCGGAGCCCAGCAGAGUUGCUUAUGGGGAGGAGGCCAGUGUGGUGUAGUGGUUAAGAGUGGUAGACUCGUAAUCUGGGGAACCGGGUUCGCGUCUCUGCUCCUCCACAUGCAGCUGCUGGGUGACCUUGGGCUAGUCACACUUCUCUGAAGUCUCUCAGCCCCAAUCACCUCACAGAGUGUUUGUUGUGGGGGAGGAAGGGAAAGGAGAAUGUUAGCCGCUUUGAGACUCCUUCGGGUAGUGAUAAAGCAGGACAUCAAAUCCAAACUCCUCCUCCUCCUCCUCCACCUCUUCUUCUUCUUCUCACUACCCUCCUUGAUCAUACGCACCCCGACCAGGCUCUUGAGCAACGGCCAUCCACUGUGGUGUGGGGGGCUCCAAGAGGGUUCUCCCCAGGGGACAUUGUGUACGUCCGAAACUAUGGGCCCGAACAGGGUUGGGUCCUUAGUAUCAUUGCCUGCUGUACAGGUAUGGUUUCCGACGAGGUAGGGUUGGAGGGGGGACUGGUUUGGAAGAGACACCUCGACCAGAUCAGAGCCAGGGCACCUCCGAACAUGGAAUUCAAGUGGAACCAGAGGACAGAGAAAUGGGUACUUUGGGAGAUUCUGUGCCCAGGCCAGAGUGGGAACCAGACGGGUUGCCAGUGACUGAGUUACCCCAGCAGGGCAACUUCAGGCCGGAAUCCUCAGUGGCUCCAUCGGCAGUGACCCCUUCAGAGCCGGCCUUGCUGACCUCCCCACUCAGAUCGCGGGUACCACAGGAACCUCCUGGGUCACCCGCUUGGGCACAGGAACCGCGACGGUCCCAGCGGGAGCGGAAAAGGCCGGCACACCUUGAUGACUAUGUUAGUUCCUUAUGUUAGGAAGUUGGGGGGAGGAGUGUUAUGUAUUGGGUUUAACACAUUUUAUGUUACAAGGCACGUUCUAACCAAUCGUAUAAGCGCUGGUAGAUGAACUUCUAAUGGCAAGUAAGCGCAUGGACUUUCAACUGUUCUCUCUCUCUCCAGGCCUGCCCAGAGCACAAAAGGUUUACAAAGUUUAGUUAUUGCAAAAGUUUUUCAGUGUUAAUUUUAUGCAUUUUUAAAAAUCACCAUGGUAUUUAACAAUAAUAUCUUAUGUACUUUAGAGGAGAAAUUAUGAAUUGUAGAAUUUUAAAUACCCGUCAUCAUCCUUGGCUUCACUCAAUUUUGUUUAUAACACUCUUCCAUUUUCUUCUAGUUGUGAGGGUGUGGGAUGGGGAUGGACCUCACAAGUGGAGUAGCCUAGGGCCUCUCUUCAACUAAAUCCGGCCCUAGACUAACCCAACAGUGCGUCCUGAAAUACACCUGUCCCAGUUUUGGCUAUGGAAAAGCUGGAUGGUAUGAUGCAUGCUUCCUUUUUACAAUUCCAGCAAUGCAAAAAUCAGAGUCUUUCAUAGAUGGAUGGAUGAAUAGAGAGAUAUCCACUCACCUCCAUCUCUUCAAACAAACAAGAUUCAUUCUGGCCAGGGAAAAGCACUUGAAGAGAAAGCAGAUCAGGGCCAGUGAGGGGUGGUCUUGUCAGGAGCUCGUCCUACACUCAAGUAGGACCCUGGUAGAGACACAUGUCCGACUGGCAUGUUCUCUCCCUUCUGGUCAUUCAUUCGGGAGCUUCAAAAACUUUCUUCAGCCCAAACAUCACAGUGACCGAUGCCAACAGACACCGGCACACUUAGGGAUCCGCAGAGUUUUCACAGUUUGCGUAACAGACCUCAGCAACUCAGCAUUUUGGCUAAUCUACUGUAUUUACAUAUAAACACACACGGAGCACUGCAACAUGGCUCCCUCUCUCUAUAGCAUCCAGUGGCGUAGCGUGGGGGGUGCAGGGGGGGCCGGCGGCACCGGGUGCAACAUCUGGGGGGGGCGCUUGCACUCGCAGCUCUCUCCCCUACUAAAAUCCACAGGUUAGGGGGCGCAAAUUACUUGCCUUGCCCCGGGUGCUGACAACCCACGCUAUGCCACUGAUAGCAUCAGACAGCAAAGAGCAAGAACAAAGGACAAUAGUCCUACUUCAUGGAACACUGUAACACAAACAUCCUGUCUUCAUCACUUCCCACUUUGAGGAGUCAAAACAAGCACCAUCAUGUGAUAGACAAAAAUCCCAUGACUGCAAUCAUGGAGCAGGAAUUCUAACAGGUCUGAGGGAUGGUGUGUGGACUGAGCAGAAUCCCACAGGCCAGAUGGAAAGGUCUGGAGGGCCACAUUCAAAACUCCAGGGUCUGAUGUUUCCCACCCCUGCUUGGGAGGUGAAGCAAAAGGCAAGCUUGAUACCAGACCCAGGCAGUGUGUAAAUCUACCCACCAUCCCUCCAGAAGUUCAAAGGCAUGCAAAAAAGGGGAAGGAGGAAGCUAAAGUAUGUCAGCUGGCAGAUGCCUCCCCUCCAGUGAUAUUGCACAGGGUAUGGAAGGGGGAGGGGUUGCUGAUGGCGAUGAUACGCUCUUGCUUUCUCUCUCUUCCUCCAGGCUGGCUGUGUACUCUGCACUGUGAUGCUUUUGUUCUCAGACAACUUCCCCAUCCGCUUUGCUGCAGGGGUCCGACUGUCUUUCAAGAAACAAAAUCCCGGGGUUCUCCCUGA